GCCAGUCUGCCCGGUACAUGAAGCAGAAGUAAAUACGAGUGAAAACUAGUGAGAAAUCUGUGAAAUCAAGUCGUUGAGUCUUCAGUCGUCCAACAAUGAAUCUAGAGCUGCUCGGUAAUUAUAAUUAAUUCGUCUUUGUUCUCAACGAACCUGACUUUUUCACAUAGAACAUGCUAACACUGUGUACUUGUUGUGGUUAGCAUUGCACGUUAGCCUAGCAUGCUACCAUCAACCAAAACGACGAGUCAAAUAAAAAUAAAUAAAAAUAAAUUUAUUUGUAGAUCCACACUGUUAAUCUAUGUUAAACGUUACAUGUGUUCCUAACGUAUCUGUCUGAGUGUGUAUGUAACGUUUAAACUUAUGUUAAAAUAAUAAUAAUAGCAGAUUUAGCUCUUAGGCUAACGUUAGCUUCAUACAUUGUCUCUCAUUGUAGCGUUAUUUGAAUUAAAUGUUAACUCACGAGGAACUACAGACCGUUACUUUACGUCGUGUUAUUUUUAUCAUAUUUAUUAUUUAUUACAACAAGGCUACGAAGCUCGUGCCGUUAUUUUAUGUUGAUAAAAUCAACACACAGCUGGUUCAUAUGACAGCGAGUAACUGUUUAUAUUCAGGAACAUGAUGAUGGAAAGAAAGUAACAAUGCAAAAUGGAUUAAAGAAAAACAUGGAAAUGGCAAAUUCCAUAAAAAUAAUGAAGUCUUAAAUAAAUUUCAAGCCGAAUAAUUGUUUUUUAAACAGUCUUGUAUGUUAAUGUAGUCCAGGUUUGACAUGUCUAAAAUGUUUUUGUUUGUUUAUCUACAGCUGGUUUGUUAUGAUCUGGAUGGAGGAAAAGCAGUGAGAUCAAUCUGAUUUCUGAGUCAGAAAUAGAAUAAUACUUUUUAAACUAGUCUAGUUUUGACAAGUCCAAGUAGUUACUUAGUUACACAUGUGAGGAUUGAUUUUAUACCGAAAUAAGACUGUUAGUACGAUGUCUAUUACCGGUCUUCAUCUGUAAACAUAGAAAGAAAAGGGAAUCAACAGAGAAAUAACAUCUGUUUAAUUUCUCUAAGUGUUCUCAUUAAGGGUAUCUUUUGACUUGUGAAAAAAACCUGAAUUUAUUUAAUUUCAGUUUGUUGGAGAAGAAAUUUUGGAAUAUCUAAAGGACACGUUUCAAGUCAUCGUGUACAUUUGCUGCUUCACCCUAUUUGUUGGGGCAUUCUUUCAUGUAAAAAAUAAGUAAAUGUUUUUUUUCCUUGUAAAUGUCCACACAGUUCUUUCUUAUGAAUUACUGGCUCAGACUUUGGAUUAAACGUCAGGAUUUCUCUCACUUUACUCAUGGAUAAUUUCCUGCUUCUUUCUGAGUCAUUCGGGCAGAACUAUCCAGAGGAGGCAGAUGGCACUCUGGACUGUAUCAGUAUGGCCCUCACCUGCACCUUCAACCGCUGGGGCACCCUGCUGGCUGUGGGCUGCAACGACGGACGCAUCGUCAUCUGGGACUUCCUCACGCGGGGCAUCGCCAAAAUCAUCAGCGCACACAUCCACCCGGUCUGCUCUUUAUGCUGGAGUCGUGACGGUCACAAGCUGGUGAGUGCCUCCACAGACAACAUUGUCUCUCAGUGGGAUGUCCUGACGGGAGACUGUGACCAGAGGUUCCGCUUCCCGUCACCGAUCCUGAAGCUGCAGUGCCACCCCAGAGACAUGGACAAGGUGCUGGUGUGUCCCAUGAAGUCGGCCCCGGUGCUGCUCACUCUGUCAGACUCCAAACACGUCGUCCUGCCUGUUGACGACGACUCGGACCUGAAUGUGGUGGCGGCCUUUGACAGGCGGGGGGAGUACAUCUACACUGGCAACGCCAAAGGAAAGAUUCUGGUGUUGAACACAAACACUCAGGAGCUGGUGGCUUCCUUCAGAGUGACAACUGGCACCAGCAACACCACUGCCAUCAAAUCAAUUGAAUUUGCACGCAAGGGCAGUUGCUUCCUCAUAAACACAGCAGACCGGAUCAUCAGGGUGUACGAUGGCCGGGAGAUACUGACCUGUGGCCGAGACGGUGAGCCUGAGCCCAUGCAGAAACUGCAGGACCUGGUAAACAGGACUCCGUGGAAGCGCUGCUGUUUCUCUGGUGACGGCGAGUACAUCGUGGCCGGUUCAGCCAGGCAGCACGCCCUCUACAUCUGGGAGAAGAGCAUCGGCAACCUGGUGAAGAUCCUCCACGGAACCAGAGGAGAGCUGCUGCUGGAUGUGGCUUGGCAUCCUGUCCGUCCGAUUAUCGCCUCCAUCUCCAGUGGAGUGGUGUCCAUCUGGGCUCAGAACCAAGUGGAAAACUGGAGCGCUUUCGCUCCGGACUUCAAAGAGCUGGACGAGAACGUGGAGUACGAGGAGCGAGAGUCCGAGUUCGACAUCGAGGACGAAGACAAGAGUGAACCCGAGCAGACAGGUGCCGACGCUGCAGAGGAUGAGGAGGUGGACGUCACCACCGUUGACCCCAUAGUUGCUUUUUGCAGCAGCGAUGAGGAGCUGGAGGACUAUAAGGCGCUGCUGUACCUGCCCAUCGCCCCCGAGGUGGAGGAUCCAGAGGAAAACCCCUUCGGCCCCCCGCCGGACUCCACGGUCCAGACCGCUGCCCCGGAGGACGCGUUGACCGGCGGCGACAAGAAGCAGCGGCAGCCUUCGUCUGAAGGAGGCCCGGCCAAGAAGAAGGCUCGCACCACCACCAUCGAACUGCAGGGGGUGCCCAGUGACGAGGUGCACCCUCUACUGGGAGUGAAGGGGGACGGCAAGUCCAAAAAGAAGACAGCCGGCCGGCCCAAAGGCUCCAAAGGUAAAGACAAAGACUUCGCCUUCAGGCCCAAGCCCUACAGGGGCGAACGGCCCUCCUUCCCCACGGAGGCCCUGGGCAGCUCUGGCCCAGGAGGAGGAGGAGGGAUGAAGGGCAGGGCAGAGGGGGGCCUGGCCUCAGGGAGUCUGGUCUCUCAGUCGUACAAACAACAUGACAUCGGGGGGAUGGACUGAUCGCUGCUGUUUGUGAAGCUCAAACAAAGAGACACAGAGCCUGAUGUCACAAGAACAGACUUUGAUGUGCAGCCUGUUUCCUCAGAGCGCAGCGUCACAGGGAGAUUCCUCAGCCCGGAUCACUUCACUGGAGCCGACAAGAAGAGAGUGCGAGGCUUCAAGGUCCCCGGUAGAAAUCACACGUCCUCUUUUUUCUGUAGGAUCCAUUAUGUAUAGUGUGUGUGUGUGUGUGUGUGUGUGUGUGCCGUCUUUCUUGUUGUUUUUCUACGUAUUAAAACAUUUUCAUUUAUAAAUAACUGUGUGGUUUCUGAGGCAGGAAAAACAUUCACGAAGCAUCAGCAUGAGAGCAGUGAGAGGUGAGACCUCUAAAAAUACAACGACAAGAACUUUUGGAAACAUGUUUCGAUGUUAAAGUUAAAACAGUCUCAUGACUCAAGUCUCCACCGCUGUGACUCGAAGCGUCAAAAAUAAGCUCUUGAAGUUAAGAUCCCAGUUUGUUCAAAGGUUCAUUAAAUGUAUUUAAGUAAUAACCAACUGCAAUUAUAAUAUACAUUAUUGAUUCAUUACCAGGUAAGACUGACGAGGUCUGUAGAAUUACUGCGUUGGACAACUGAAUAAAUACAAUCACACUAUUAACAGUCAGAUUGUGUUUGAUGUCGGAUAAAAGCUACGUGAGAAAUCACUUUUACUUUUUCACACAUAAAAUCUGUGAGACGAAUUAUAAAAUAUAUAUUUGUAAAUUAAAUGAAUCCAUCACUCAGUCAAAUGGAGUAAAUUAAGAGUUUGCGUUCUGUUUUGACUAAAUCAUAUUUUAAGUCAAAAUCUUGACGGAAGACAAACAACCAUAAAUCUUGAGGUACAUGCUUAUUCACUUUUAUGCUACUUUAUACUUCUACUCUACUACAUUACAGAGUAAAACUGCACUUUUUACUCCACUUUAAUUACUUUACUUUUCAAAUCAAGAUUUUACACAAAACAUAUGAGUGUAAAAUGUGGUCUGUUGUUACAGAUUAAACUAGAAAAAGUACAUGAAGUACUUACAAAUAGCUCCACCUUUACCAACGACAACAGCUUACAUAUUAAUAUUAAUAAUAAUACAACUACAUCGUAGUAUAACAGUGACAGCUGCAGUCAUUCUGCAUUAUGUUUGUACUUUUGCAAAUACUUCUGCACUUUUACAUUUUGAAUGCAGGACUUUCUUUAUUUGUAGUGUAGUAUUUUAUACAGUUGUACUGCUACUUGUACUUGAGUAAAUGAACUGAGUACUUCCUCCACUACUGUUUACUUUAGCAAAGUCUGUUUGUCUGCUUCCUACAAAGAUUAAUAUCUCCAAUACAGAGUCGUCUCACAUCUGAUAUACGUAGAUAUCACAUGUUUUAAUCCUGUGUUAUAUUUAUUUUAACGGGAACUGGAAUUUUAAUAUUGUUGGGAAGUUAGAUCUAUAACAAUGAUAUUAUAUCGGCUCAUCAUAUGUUUUAAAUAGUAACCAAAGCUGUCAAACAAAUGUAGUUGAGUAAAAACUACAAUAUUUCCCUCUGAAUUAAAGAUGAAGUUAAGAAUAAAGUACCUACAACUUUUACUAGUACUUCAGAAAUAAAUGUAGGACUACUUAUUUAACCGGACUGCUAUCAGAUACUUAUGCUAUUUCCCCCAAAACUGUACUUUUCCUUUGCUGCUGAGGGAUGUUCUCGUCUUUCUCAUUUAAAUGUAGGCAUUAGUCAUAAAGCACGUGACUUCCUGUACGUUUCCACUUCUGGAUCCUAAAG